AUGAGCGAAACAGCGCCAGCCGUUGUUGUUAUUAUUGAACCAUUGGAAACCAUUGAUAAUCAAACAGUUCAGUUAAAUGUUAAAUACGAAAACUUACAUCUAGCUGGAAUUCAAACUUUGAAAUGUCUCGAUGCUAUGCGUAAGGAACGACAGUUGUGUGAUGUGAUAUUAACAGUGGAAGGUCACGAAUUAUUCGCUCAUCGCGCUCUCUUAUCCUGUCAUUCGAAUUAUUUUCUCGAACUGUUUCUUAAUGAUGAAACCGAUCCAUUAUCCAAGAAACAACUCUACUAUCAAAUUGAUGGCAUUGAACAUUCAGCAUUAAAGUUAAUCAUUCAAUUUAUCUACCAAGGGUGUUUUCAACUAACGUCAGAUAUGGUACCAACCGUUUAUUUUGCAGCGCAUCAAUUACGUAUAGAAAUACUUGUCAAAGCGUGUUCAAAUUAUCUAUCAGAACAGUUGACUAUUCACACUUGCCUAAGUACACGGCUGUUAGCUAUGGACGAUGAUCUUCGCACGAAAGCAACUGAAUGUAUUCAAAAUAACUUCAUUGCUAUCCUUGAAGCACGUGAAUUUCAUGCAUUACCAUCUCUGCAGUUGGAACUGGUUGAUUAUACAAUAUCUAGUAUCCAGCUGAUGUGCGAUCUAAUACUGAACUGGAUCGUUGAACAACUUCGAAAGGAUAAGACUUUACAAGAAAUUGGCGAAUACAUGCAUCUGCUCUAUUUGAAUGACGAUAAGACUCUUCAUGAUUGUAUGGAUAUGGAAGAGAACAAUAUCUACUAUUCAGACGCUGUGAAGGUAAGUGAUCGCCAUCCACUAAACGAACUGCGUCAGUUUCAUCAACAUCGAUUAGUGAACAAUAAUCAACCAGCAAAGACCUCGACAAACUCUCCUAUACUCGAAACGAAAUUAGUUCAUAUCGGUCAAUCAACAGAGCAUAGUUAUAUCGCCAUUGCUAUUGCCAAAGGCAAAUUGUUAAGUAUAACCAUUCACGUUUCACCGGCAUCUUCAUCAAUCCCUAACACACCGGAAACUGCGGAUAGUCUGAAUGGAGAUAGAAAUGGUAUUGAUGAAUUUCAUGCCAUAAAUGGUAUUAAUGGUUCGGUGACAAUCAUGGACAAAGAUCCGCAUCUGGCAUCACUUUCGGUAGCACGAUGUGGCUUUGGAAUUGUUUCAACAAACGAUUUUAUAUUUGCUGUUGGGGGAUAUGAUCGUGGAGAUUGUCUGGAUACUAUUGAGCAAUACAGUCCUAUCGAAGAUAGGUGGACAUUACUGUCGAUUCCGAUGAUUAGUCGACGUGGUCGUGUGUCAGCUGCAAUACUCAACAAUAAAAUCUAUGUCUGUGGCGGUAGUGAUGGACAAAAGGAAUUGAACACGGGUGAAUGUUUAGACACACAAUCAAUGGACAAAUGGUUACCAAUCAGCGAUCUUGAUACACCCGUUGCACACGGAGCAAUGUGUAACGAUGAUUCAUACAUCUAUUUAAUCGGUGGAUGUGAAGGCGACAAAUGUAAAAGUAGUUGUUAUCGUUACGACCCAGAUACGAAUCAAUGGUCAACAUUGAAUGAAAUGAGUUACGAACGAAGCCAAGCAGCGGUCGUACAUUUCAAUGGUAAACUCUACGUAUUUGGUGGCUAUCAAUCGAAUUGGUGUUUGUCCUCAUGCGAAAUACUGAAUUUAACUACAAACGAAUGGUCACUCGGACCGUUGAUGCGAGAAAGCCGACGUGGGUGCGGUGCCAUCUUGUACGAGAAUAAAAUUUUCAUUGUCGGCGGUUCAAACGGUAUAACAUCGUUAGCAUCUAUCGAGAUCUUUGAUCCGAUUACUAAUGAAUGGAUUAGUCACAUUAAUGGACAUUGCUAUGAAUUGCACAUUCCACGUGUCGGUGUUGGAAUAACAGUUUGUCACGACAAACUCUAUGCUGUCGGUGGUUUCGAUGGUCGAAGUUUUCUGAAAUCGAUUGAAGUUUACGAUGAGAACGAUCAUCGAUGGAAACUGAGUCAAAACAAAAGCUAA